CAAAAAUCUAUUGCAACUAUUUGAAACCCGCGCGCGCGUUCUUUGUUAAUUGAAAAAUAACCGCUUAAAGACUUUUAAGGGUUCGUUUGUAUCAUGACCUUUGUGUGACCCCAACUUGAAGGGAUUGUGUGAGAUAGUGCGUGUUUUGAACUAGCUGACUAUAAAUAAUGGCAAUGCGAGCUCAUAAUCUUUUCCAUUCUGGCGUUGAGAUGGACUCGCAGCAACAGCAGUUUUGUCUAAAAUGGAACAGUUUUGGAUCAAAUUUAGCCACAUCUUUUAGUAAUUUAUUUAAAUCCGAAACGUUAGCAGAUGUAACUCUAUUCUGCGACGGCGUAACUUUUAAAGCUCACAAACUAAUCCUGGCAGCGUGUAGCAAACACCUGGCAGAUCUCUUCGAGACUGCUCCGCUUCACCAGAAUCUCCUCGUGAUUCUGGACAAUACAUCCUCGACUAAUAUGUCGGCGCUGUUGGAGUUCAUGUACAAAGGUGAAGUACAUGUUUCGCAGGAUUCGUUGUCGAGCUUUCUGAAAGCCGCUGAAUGUCUGCAGGUGAAAGGGUUGAGUAUCGAACAUGAAAAACUUGCUGUUGCGCAGAGUCAUAACAUUCCAGCCAUGGACACUGGAAAUGAAUCGCCAGGAAGACAUCCUAAGGUACCAAAAGAAGAAAUCGACACACCAGUAUCAAACACUACACACCAUCAAUCCAGCCCGUCCCCAAGUUAUUCUCCAACGAUGUCGCCAUACAUACAUCCCCACCAUUACCGACCAUACGAACAGAGAAUGAACACGACAGCGGCAUACGACAACGCCAUGAAACGGCCAUUACGCAGCCCAAGUGAAAUCAAGCAGGAAGCCGCCAACAGAGCUUCGGUGCUUCGAGAUGGAAGUAAGGCCGCAGGUAGACCCGGUUCGCCUGGUCAGAUGUUUGCUUAUAGGCCGUCGUCUUCUUUGUCAAAUUUACCAAGCCAACCAGGCGGCGAUAGUCCCCCUGAGAGCAGAUUUGACCCGGAUCCUGCUGCCGCUUUGAUAUGUCCAGAAAGCAAUACUGUAGAUAGGUUUCAGGAUCCGGGUUGUGCUGAAGAUUUACGAAAGAAGAUGGAACCGGCAAUACAACAAGACGAGUCACCUAGUAGUACAGGAGGAAAUGGAAAUGGAAACGGAAACGGUAUGAAAGGUAACAUGCUAAAUAACACCACAUCUGCAAAUGGCUCUAUCGGAUCUCAAACAAAUUACAACCAUGACAGGGAUAAAGGUCUUAUAUCGGCGGAUUUAUGGAGUACUGUCGCUGGAAAACUUAACUGCAAGGCUGGAACGGUAAACACCGCUGAUGGAAAGAAAUUAAAGUGCCCUUUUUGCGAAAGAUUAUAUGGCUACGAAACCAACUUGAGGGCACACAUACGGCAAAGGCAUCAGGGUAUCAGAGUGCCAUGCCCGUUCUGCUCGCGAACAUUUACGCGUAACAACACAGUUAGAAGGCAUAUUGCAAGAGAACACAAGGCCGAAUUAAGUUUGAAGGCUUAUCAACAAAACCAACAAAACCAACAACAGCAACAGCAGGUACUCAACCACAACCCUUAAGGUACUUUCCCUUCGGUAUGUGACUAUUACUUCAGAUCUGGUGUAAAUAUAUUUUGAGAAGGAAAGUCACAUCGGUUGUUGUUCAAUAAAAAAUAUAAUUGCUGCUAUAGAUGUCAUACAUAAGUACUUUCCGUAAAUUUAAGGGCAUUUCAGGGUAACAGUUGAGCUCGUACGGGGUGUGUGCUUCAUACAUUUUUUUGUAUACCUCGUAUUGGUCAAGGGAGUUUAAUCCGAAUUUUAAUUAGUAUAUUGUUAAUUAAAUUCUAAUAUUAGGGGAGUCAGUGACACUUUUAGGUGUGUUAAUUUCGCAAGGCACAAAUAUACAUUUUUCGUUUAUUCUUACCUUGUAGAAUCUUGAUAAUACUUUGUUGAAGUGUCUGCAGUAGUCGAGAGCUCGACGAAGACGUCUUAAAAAAGUCGUAGGAAAUGUCACAUAUUUAAUUAGAUAAUUAACUUGAUAGUUUAGCUCGGUGUCGCUCGCUCUGCUUUGGAUUUCACGACCCGGGUUCAAUCCCCGAUAAAAGUAAUAUUUUUUAUUCUUCAAUUUUGGAAAAAUUUAUUGAAAAAUAAGACUAUCGCUGUUUUUUAUAGGGUACAUAUAUUUUAUUUAUCGUAAUAAAACCCGUGCAGUUAGGUAAUGCGUUAAUAAUUUCCGCUAUAUAUUUUGUACUAUUCAGAACCGUUUUUUUUAAGUUUUGUAUUGAUCCCUUAAACCCGUUGAAAAUUCUUUAAAAUUCUAUAUGCAAAAAAGACAUUGCGAUAUUUUCUUAUAUUUUUUCUUCCUUCAUAUUUCUAGUUUUGAAAGAAUAAAAAUUAAUAAAAAAAAUUGCAAAUGUUUUUCCAUUUUUUAAAUAAUUGUACUAUUUUGAUAACGGUUCAGAAUAGUCCAAAAUAAAUAGCGUAAAAAUUAACAGAUUAUCUAACUGUAGCCAUUAUAUUAUGAUUAUUAAAAUGUAUUUAAAGUAAAUAAACAGCAACAGUAGCAUUUAUUCAUUUUUCAUACUUUUCCAAAAUAAAAAUAUAAAAAAGAUUGCUCCUAUUAAAAAUUGAACUAAGGUCCCGAAACAAAAGUUUAGUACUUUAACGAACUGAGGCGUAAAGGGGUAUGUCAAGUUAAUUGUCUAAUCAAAUAUGUGACAUUAGCAUUUCCUAUAACUGCCUUUUUAAGACACUUGUCAUCGAAUGCUCCACCGCUGGUGCGUCCGCAAUAAAAGUAUUUUCAUAUUCUACAAGGCAAGAAUGAAUAAAACAUUUUUAAUUUAGUCUUGCGCGAAUGAAAGUGUUGCUGGCUCCCCUACCAUAACAUGUAUAAUAAAAGUUAAAUUUUUUAUUUCUAAUUUUGAAUUUAAAUUAAAAAAUAACGACGGAUUUCACGUGGUGAAUUUUUCUAUCAUAUUUAUUUAUUGUUGCCUUUUCUCGAAAAAUUAUGCAAUACUGCUUGUCAAAUAGAUCAAGGUCAACAUUAAAUCGUCCUUUUUAGUACUGAUUAAUUUACAAAAGUUUAUUCCCAAAAAAAUAAAUAACUGAUUUGAUUUUCUUUUUAGAAUCUGGUUAUAUUGUUUAAAAUUUAACUUUAUCAUCUUUGAAACACAGGUCAAAAAUUAAAUUAAUUGUUAAUAAUAUUUUUUCUUUAAACUUUACUACUAAUUUGAUAACCUUCAAAUUUAAUAACGUUUUGACAACAAGGCAUUACUCUGACUUGUUACUAAUAUAUUUUGUUAAUAAAAAAACUCAAUAAUUAUAUUUUAAGAAACAUGAGAAAAGGCAAUUAUUAAAUAUUGAAAAAAUUGGAAAGUUUUGGUAUCUAGACCCAACGAAUUGAUUCAAUUUUACCAUCACUUAUCAAGACUAUUUAGGCAAUAAUUUAAUGAAUGUUUAUAAAUUAUAUCGGGUUAGAAUGAAACUAGGGCCACGUUAAUAUACCUCUUUUAUUUAUUAAGCGAUUUGGAUAGAAUUUGGGAAAAAAACCAUUUUGAAUUUGUACUGGUACUUAAAGAAAACGCCAAAUUUUUGGUUUUAUCCAAAAUACCAUUAAAUUUUAUUUUUUAAACCGAUUUUAAAAUUAUUUGUUUUUGUUAUAUCAAACUAUGAACUGGAAAAAGUGGUGCAUGGUGCGUAUUAUUAAAUUGAUAAUAAAAUUUUCCAUCUAAAGGCGAAAUGACCCUCAAUAGGUGAGAUUUUGGUCAAUAGCACAUUUUAGAAAUUAAUUUUUUAUAUGAAGCAAUUAUUUUUAACUUUUGUUUCGAGUUAUUCGAUGCUAUUAAAACAUUAUUUUUCAGUUCAUAUUCUUGUCUCAAAAAAAAAAAAAUUGUAAAGAAAAUUUGGCAACGCUGUCAUAAAAUUUGAACCGUAAAUUCCAAAAACAUAAAAUAUUAUUUAAAAAAUCAAACUUUACAAAUUUGCACCCAUGUGUAUCACAUCUGAUACAUAAUUUGACCAUCUUUAUGAACCAUAAAAGUAACUCUAAAUUUUCCUGAUGUGUACCAAUUAGUUUGGAUUUAAAUUUUAACAUCUUGCUAAUAAAUGGAGGUAUAGUUAGGUAAAAUCGUACCGUUAAGUACGUUAAAUGCAAUAAUAUCUAAAGUAAUUCAAGCUAAACUAAUCUGCGAUUUUUACACACUCAUGUACCUAUAUCACUUUAUGUACAGUGAUACACACGGUACGGAAGAGACCUUAACUGAACGUUUCACUGGUGACUCAUAUAAAACUGCAGAUCAGAAUCUUGAAAUUUUGGCAAUUCUGGGAAAACCGGAAGUCGUCCAUUUUGUUGAAGUAUAAAUGUCCAUUCGAAAUGAUGCCUUCCAAAUUUCAUAAAUGAAAGAGAUAUUAUUGUGGUCCUGAUCUCAUUGUCACCCGGUAUAGCAACGUUUCAUCUACCUUUUAAAGGAUAAGAUCAAAAUUAAAUUCUGUCGAUCUACUGUUAUUCUGAAAGUCCUGAGCUUAUGGAUGAAGCUGCAUAUUGUGUCAUUAUUAAUCUAAGAAAGUAAAAAAUAUUAAAGAAACGGUAAAACAACCGAAUUUCAUUGUUACCUUCGUACACAGCAAACCACGUGCAACGCUAAUUUUAAAAAUGUGUUCAAGUUGUUAUUUUCCUUCUUUCAAUGUAAAUAUGUUGCCGUUUCAAGAUUUUUUUAUUUUGUUAUUUUUUAUUGUAAUGUUUUUUUUUGUUGUACUUAUAUAUCGUUUAGAAAUGGUUAUGUUUCUAAGUUACUAAGUGAAUCAAACAACUAUACGGAGAAAUUAUUUAUUACAAAAAAAAUUGUUGGUUCAUUUGGUAACUGAAGUUUAGUAUAUUAUAUUAAGUGAAAAUUUUUGCAGUAACUGCAAAAAAACAGCCCGUGGUGGCUAAAAACUACCUACCUCAUUUGUAACUCUGCCUCAGGAUUUUUAACUUUAGUAUUUGCUAGUCAUUAGUGCAAAACAAUAAAAAUAGGUUUAAGUUUUCUUUAUAUAGAUUCAGGUGAAAGGAAAACCUAUACGAAUAUCAAUAUUAAUUUCGAGUUUUCAUUUUUGAUUGUAUCUGGCUUUAACAGCUGACAAAUUUAGCUCAGGAUUUAAUCCAAUUUAAUAUUUCUCUUAAUAAUAUUGCACAUAGGAUAGAUAUAAUGGUCAAAUCCUUAAAACUACCUCAGUUUUUAUAGAAACAUAUCUUAAAACGUUUUAAACGUUUAUAAUCAGUCUAGUCGAUUUUAAAAAUCUAUUAAAUAUUAAAUGACACAAAUCUGAAUAACUUCAAAAUAUCCUUACCGAGAUAAUUCCAAUAGUCAAAGAUUUUGAUCACUUUUAGCUUUUCUAGCAAAAAUGUCACAUGGGGUGAUGUCGGGUGAAUAGCGAGAUCAAAAACUGCUAAAGGCUUGCGCCCAUUUUCUUCAUUGUAGGCGCCAGAAGUUUUACCGCUGUAGCACAGUUUUUGUUCAUACAGGAAAAAAAUUAAACUUCAAGAUAAUUCCAAAGAAUACCUAUCCAAGAAGCGAAUCUCAAUGUGUAAUCCUAUGUAUCAUAAUUUCAGUAAUAUUGUCGUUAAUGUUCUACUAAUUAUACAAUGGGAAAUAUAUGAAAACAAAGCAAUUUAAGUCAUUUGGUUCAUAAGUAUUAAACAUCUACUAAAGUUAUAAUGACACAAAAAAGAAAAUUUGAAACAAACACCAAUAUUUUUCUCAUGAGAAUAGAUAUCCUACAAUUAAAGUCGUCAGUGAAAUGUCAGGAAUAUGUGUAAUGGAAUACUGUCAUCUGUCACGGAUCCAAAAUUUUUAUACAUUUACGGAGGUUACGUGACAGCAGAAAUUCUUCUAAUAGAAGACAAUUUUGAUAUUAAAUUUUACAUUUUACGAACAUUAUUAAUUUUUUGGUACAUUUCCACAAUUCCUUUGAGAUAUAUUACACUAUUAUCAUCUGUCACACUUUUAUUUUUGUAUUAUGAGACUAAUGAUGGAUCGUACUUUCAGCUUUAAAUUCUAAAUGAACUAUUUUAUAUGAAAGUUUUCUUUAUUCAUUUGAAUAAUAUUUUUUAAUCAUAUUAUUAAAAUUUUUAAAUUGCAGAGUAUUUUGACCUCACGAUACAUGAGCGCUAUCUGAUGAAUAUAAAAAUAUUACGCCAUUAUCCACAGUUGGUUUUAUAACGUUAAUAAACUGUUAUAUUAUAUUAAUUUUUUACAAAAUUUAGCUACCUCAUCUACUAUAUAAGCUGGAAAAGUUUCACGAAUACAUUCGUCUACGUUUUUGUUGUGUGUCGCAUAAUGGCUACAUGAAAAUAAUAAAUAAAAAUCAACCUAGUACCUUACACAGUCACCGCCACUGAUCUGUAUUAAAAAAGGCACGCCACGCAUGUUCUGUUGCAUUUUAUUGCUUGUUGCUGUGGUGUCACAAAAAAAUGCCUCAUGUCAAUUCUGAAGUUGUCACUUGUCAUGCUAUCUGACAAUUGUCAUGGUCAUAAAUGAUGGCAUGUUGUUAAUGUUUAUAAUUAAAAUAUUUCAAUAAAUUUACUGUUAUUUUAAUCAUCGGAUCAUAACGUCUAUAAUAAAACUUUAUAGUUAAAAAAUGAAAUAGAGAAUAACAGUCUAAGAUAUUUGGCAACGCACUAUAAGUUGAACUAUACAAGCUAUCUCAGAUGUCAGAUAUGAAUGAUUUUAUUUAAAAAGAUUUAAAUACGCUAUCUAAAAUUUAAGUAAUGCAACUUAUCUAUUUUAAGUAUGAUAUACUAUGGUAUUAAGUAACAAUUAUGUAUUUUAAACAUUUUAUUUGCAUAAUUUCAAUAUAUGGCAACUCUGUUACACAUUACUGACAUUUUCUAGUGCCUUUUAAUGACGAAUUUCAGUAUUAAACUAAUUUCUACUUAAAUAACACUACCUACUUAAUUAAUUACUUAAAUAUUCACACAAAAAAAACAAUAAUAUACCAAUCGCAGCUUUAAAUAAAGCGACCUAUAUUUGAUGUGAAAACACUAAUAAUUAAGACAGUUUCAGUCACAGGCAUAGAAAUGUUGUCCAUGAAUCGCUUCUUGGUAGUUAGUCUUUGAUAAUUCCAUCAGCUACAGCUACCCUAAUGCAGAUGUGUUCCUAGAACAUACACCUACCAUUACAAAAUAUAAUGUUUGUAAAAUCUAUAUUAUUCCAAGAAAAUAUCUUAUGUGCAAUAUUAUUUUUAAGCUCAAAUGAAGUUUAUAUUAUAAUUCUAUUAUAUUUAAAUAAUUCAGCAUAUAAUGUUGAAUGGCAAUCAUUUGAACCCUGAUUAUUUUUAUUUGUAAAAUUACCUAAUUAGUACCUACAGUACCAUGCCAUCAACAAUCAAUAUACAAAUCAGGUUAACCAAAUAAUGCGCGCUUUAUAUCUGAGAAUUUCUUCAUGAAGAAUUUUAUAGAUAUGAAGCAGAAAAUUACAUCAAUAUAUGUCAUAUUUUUCAUUCAUUUCAGAAACCUAACAAAUAACCAAUCUAAGUACUAAAUAGAUAUUAUAUGUUGAAUAAUUUUGUUUUACUUUCAACAUUUAACCUCACUUAUUUAAAAAACUUGAAGUUGGUACACUUGUUAAACUGACAUAGACACAAAACUUCAUGAUUUUAUUCAAAAAAUUAAAACCUCUUUCAUCAUGAAGAAAUUGGCAGAUGUAAAGCGCGCUUAAGUUAUUAAUUUUAAGUACAUACUAGUCAAUAAUACCGAAAUAGUUAAAUUCAUAAAAAUAUGAACUACCUCAAAUGCAGUAUUUUAUACUACAUGAUGAUUACGGGUCUUUAUACAUAUGAUAUACAGUUAAUUAAUCUACCUCAUAUUAAACAUGACACUAAUUUAUUUUUUAUAGUUAUAGAUUUCAUUCAAUUUGUUGAAUAUAUUAUACGUUACAUAAUAAGUAAUAAUACAGAAAGUACAAAACUCAGGUAUAUAUAGCCAUAUAAUGCAAUAUUUUUUAUAAAUAUACUACAAACACGUUGUUCAAUGUUUCCCUCAGAAAUUUCUGCAAGUUAAAUGAAACAAACUAUUCUAAUAUUCGUUCAUAUUUUCAUUAUUAUUUACAAAAUCAAUAUCUAAAUAUUUAUUAUGACAGCUUAAUAUUAUUUGAUUCUUAAACAUAUAAAUUUGAAGGUUAGAGUAGUUUAAUUUCUUUACUUUAUAACUGCCAGUAUACAAUAUGGAAAUGUUUGAAUUAGGCAACACCGUAUCAAAUCUGACAAUCUUCUUAGAAGGAACGAGCGUUGCUGUCAUAUUUCCGCUUGGCAAUGGUAAGCUGUGCCUGACGUCAAGCAUUUCCUUACUGUAUAAGGAUGAAUACAGUUAUUUCAAUAACCAUUUAUUUUCUUUUCUUUUUGAUUUUGAAUUUAUCUAUUUGUUUUUAUAAUUGUUAAGUUUUCCAGAGAAAUAUGUUCAAUUUUUUUUAUAUGGUUGUUCACUUUUUGUCAUUAAAUAUAUGACACAUAACGAAGAAAAACGACUAGUUUUUAAAUUUUAGCUUUAAAUAAAAAAUAGAUGCCUAGUUAACUUUGAAUCAAGAUUUUAUUUGAGGUUUUGGGUUUUAUUGUAUUAGAAAGCCAAUCUUCAUACUGUGCUUCACACAGAACAAGGAAUAACUUUUAUUAACUGUCACACAACAAUGUACAGUAUACCAAUUUAAAAUAACAAUCAGUAAGGUAUUUUAUAGCGGUUCGAACAAUUUUAAAUCGUAUUCCUUCUUCGUUGUAUAUUCUAUAUGUGAUGCCACUAAGUGAACACCACUAAACGGGUAUAUUUAUGGUAGUGGGAAUUUUCUACCAAUUUACAAAACUCAAUGUUUUAGUUUUUAGGUGUGUACGUGUGAGAAAAAUUGAUCUUGCAAUUCAUUUGAGACUUUAAAUGUAAUUAUAUUUAGUAAGAAAUUAUAUUUAUUUAAAUGGGUGAUAAUAUUUCUUUUUUGGAUUGCAAGAUCGAUACCUACGAAUAAUUUUUAGAAAUACACUUGAAACGAGUAAUUUAAGUAUACAAAUAUGUAUAUUCUGAGGCAUCAGGGUUCGAUGUUUUGAAAAAACUUUAGGUUAAAAAAAGUUAUUCUUUCUAAUGCUUUUAGGUUAAGUUUCAGUAAACAUGAGUACUUUAAAACACAUUCGUUUUGUUUGUGUUUUUUUUUAAAUACAAAUAUUUUUGACGGGUAUUUAAAGGUUAUCACAAUUUGUUAAAAAUUAAAAGGUGAAGACAAGGGCUCAACGAUUGGAAUGUGGACACUGGCAAAAGAUAAAAGUAGGGAAUAUUAAUUUUAGGUUUCUCGAAAAUAUUUGUAUCAAUUAUAAAUUAUUGUUAAAGAGUGUUUUUGUCUUGGCAUCGCAUUUUGGUAGGUAAUAUUCAUUUAUAAAAUAUUAAUCUGGUAAUUCCUUGAUCCCUAUAACUGAAAUUAAUAAAACAUAUAAAUGGCGUGACAUAUAGGAUGAAUUUGUGUAUAAUGCCGGUUAAAUGGGAAAAACGUUUCAUAUUUUGAUUGGUAAUAUAUUAGUCUAUUAAAGUUUUAGAUGUUUCGACUAGUUUCGGAGGUAUUAGAUAAAAUACGAAAAGGCUCAUUUUUGUUUUUUAAGUUUAGUUGCUAAAGAUAAAGAAAUAUUUGAAAUCAUUAUUAUAAAUAAAAGUGAAAUAUCAUUCCUACCUUCAAACUUGUAAAACCUGCUAAGUUUAUUUUUACAAUUAACUCUUUGCAAUCAUGAAGGAGGCAUCUCUGUAGCAAAGCAGGAACAACACCGUUUUUUUUUCUCCUGGGCUCAUCUGACUGUCUCCGAAUAACACUGAAGCCUAUUGGCUUAUUGUGUUUUACCCUAUGUUACUUCAUAGCACCCACUCUGUCACCUUUAUACCUCUUACAAGUUUAUACAGAUCCUUAGGUGAGUGGGUUCUAUACGUUGUUGGAUUAACCUGGGGUUGCGAUCUAGAGCUCCGCAUUCGCACAGUAUGUCUUUGGCCGUUUCUGGUUUCUUGUGACAUAGUCGGCACAUAAGUUCCCCAUUGUACAUGCCAAUUUUGUUCAAGUGUCCCUUUACUGGGGCGUGCCCAUUCAUGAACCCUGUUGGGUCCUAUUCAUAAAGAGUAGUUCUCCAGUUCUUUUGGGACAUGGUCUGGCUAUGAAGGCUUUUCCAUGUGCCUGUUUUGGGGUGCUUCCCCAAUAGUUAAUAUGUUGUUCCCGAAUCCAAUCGUUUAUGAAACCUCGGACUGUACUUUUUGGUACUCCUGGGUUUGUGUCUGGUUCCGGUGUUUCUUCUGACCCUCGUUUUGCAAGUUUGUCAGCCUUUUCGUUGCCUUCGAUCCCUUGGUGACCUGGCACCCAAAAUAGUUUUAUUCUAUUUCUGUCUGCCAGUGUUCUUAGUUCUUCGAUGCAACACCGUCACAUUAUGUGGUAGAUAAAUCCUCUAAGAAAGAUAAUCAUAUAGAGACACCAUCUCAUAUUGGUAAAAUAAAAAAAGCAUUACCAACGAAGAUGAAAUUUUGAAAAGUUGGAACAACACCAUUAUGCGGUAGAGAAGCCCUCUAAUAAAGAUAAUCAUAUAGAGGCAGAGUCAGAGUUAGCUCAGGGUGGGCCAAAAGUAAUGGCCCACAGCGGAAGGGCAGUGUUUGUUUCUAAAUAUUAUCUGAUUUAAUUUUAUUUAAUAAAAUACUAAAAAUUGCAAAAUUUAAAAUAUUUUGUUGACCAUUUGGGCAAUAAUUUCAUAUUCUCUUUAUUUUUGGAAAAUUUGACAGUGUUAUUCUCAGCAAACAUUUUGUGUAAGUUAAUAAAAGGCCCAAUAAUUGUUCCUCUUCAAUUGUAAUGAUGGCCAUUUAACUUUUAUAAUUAAAAGGCUGACAUAUAGGUCACUAUGGCCGACAGUCGGGCCAAAGUCACUUAGCCAUUAAAUACGGAAUGGCAGACUUCCAAGGUCGCGCGUACACAGGGUCGGAUUAGGCAUUUCAUGACAAUAUUAUAAACACGGUGUAAAAUCGUAAUUUCCUCUCACUAACAAUGAAUAUGGUACAUAUUUAACAGUUCUAUCAUAGUUCUAUUUUCUUAUGAAGAGUAUAACCCACUUUUUACUUCUUUUUCAACAUAAUGCAUACUUUUUAAUCAGACUAUUAAAAUUGCAAAGUGUUUUGGCAGUCGUUUCAAUUGACCUCAUAUUACAGGAGCGCCAUCUGAUGAUUAUAAAAAUAUUACCCCACAUUAGACAAAAAAUGAGAAAUUAUUACCAAAAAAAUUGUUUCAACCUUGUCAAUUUGCAUUUUUUUGUUUUAUUAUUUAAUAUUUCAUGGAGGCAAGUUGAGCCAGAUCGUGUCUGAAACUUCUCUUAAUUUCCCUUGCAAUUUUCAUCUACUAUAACCCAAAAUAUAUUCGCGCGUAGUAUCGGUUUUAUUAUUACAAAAAACUAUAAAGCUGAUGAUUUUCAUGGACAAAACGUAGAGAAAGUACUUGAAAAUCUAACUUGAAGGUGGUCCUUAAACUACGAAACGUUGUUAUGAAAAUUUUGGUAUGGCAGGGUAUAGGAAACUUCAUUUAUAACAAAAAGUUAUGAGGUUUUUCGAAUUUUGUCGAAUAUCUCCGAAAGUAGCCGAAAAUCUAGAACCUUUAUAGACCAUUGAAUUACCAAUCAAAUUAUGAAACUUUUCCUCAUUAAAGCGAUAUUUUAUAUCUAGCGGUCUACGAUUUAUAUGUAUAUGUAUAUAUGUCAUACUUAUAUAUUUAAAAGGAACACAGAACUUUUUUUUCUUUAAAAUCUUUUUCUAGCCAUGGUAUCAUCCAAAAAGUUUCUUUGGAUUUUAAACUUAGAAAAUAUUUUACUUUCGAUACUUCUUUUGUAGUCUACAGUUUACAUACAUAUUUCUAAAAAUACAACUCAAAAACUAUCAAUUUUUUAAUAGAGAAAUUAGAUUUCACAGGAAAAUUUAUUAUUUGUUGAAAUAUGGAUCGUGUAAAAUUCAUAUACCUAAUUUAAAAACACUACUUUUUUAAAUACUAGAUGUACUACCUUACUUUUUUUAAAUAAAUUAGUAAACAUUUAUAUUUUAAAUGUUCGAAAGAAAUCAAUUCAAAAAAACAUUGGAUUGAUAAAAAAAAACUCCUUUCUAGAGAUGUUUAAACAUGCUACUAUAAAAUCACUGUAGAAUUUUUUUUCAUUUUAUGGUCUAGAUGCCAAGACUGAAACAUUCAAUAUAUAAUAUUUUUAGUUAUUGCACUCUAGGAUACGAAAUUAGAUUAAAACGUUUCAAAACUAUAUUUGACUACUAUAAGGUCAGUGUAUUGGUUGUUUCAGUGUGAAGUUUUGUGUAAACCCAUUGUUAGAAUGCACUUUUCGAUAGUGUGUUUCGAAUCAUCAUCAUCAUCGUUAUAUAUCCUGCCAGUUACAUGUCUCGAUUUUCGUGUGUUCCCAACACUUUCGAUUGUCCCCUUAUUAAUGUGACGUAUUUGCAAUGCAAUGUUAAGUUAAGAUAGUGUGCGUUGGACGAACAGAUGUUUUUAAACCUGGAUGUGUCAAUUUAGAUUUUAAGUCAAACCUCGAACGCUAAAGUUGACGAUGAUUUUUAUUUUAAUUGAUAACUCUACUUUAAAUUUAUAUAUUUUUAUAUAAAAUAACUAGAAAAUGUUUUUAGACUACUUGCAGUGAAAAAUAUUAAUUUCUUCCUGGAUAAACUAAAUGAACACAAAAAUCUGACAGUGUUAUACACUUUUGAAUCAAAUGGUACCUCUAGUCAAACCAAAUAAUAUUUUACUCAUAUAAGCAACCAUAUAUUAAUGCUAUUCAACAUUAGUUACACCUAAUAAACAAUCAACUGCCGGGAAACUGAUGGCCCAUUGCCGCAAUUGGUGGUUAAAUGACUAUGUUGGCUAAAUGUUGAAAGGCUAUUAUAUUUUCAUGGUUUAAUCAUUAAUUGAUGUUGGAUUUGCGUUGGCGGACAAUCACUUGUCCACCUCACAUGUUUAUGAUUUAACAUUUAAACUGAAAGUUGAUAAACAUGUCAAAAACCCGUUUUUAGUUGAAUUUUAAGUUUGUAGUAAGUAAAAUGAAGAUCUUAUUUCAGUAAAACUGUUAUAAUUGCCAAUGUUUCAAUGAUUUAUUUAAUUAUAAUUAUAAUUAUAAUUAUAAUUGAAUUGAUCAGUAAUUCAAACAUCGUUUUCCUCAAACUAGACUUUUAUUUCAUAAAAACCUGCUGAAAUAAUAAAAAUAGGUAAUGUUGGGCCUGCAGUCAGCCAUCGAGGGCCCUUUAACUUUAUGACUCUGGGAUAUUGAAAGCCCUGGAACUGUGGCCCGAUUAUAGGCCUUAGUGACCUACAUGUAUGUAUGCCUGCCCUUUGAAGGCCAUAAUUAUAAGUGGAGGCAGACGGUUAUUGGACCAUUGUUUUCCCAGAUCAAAAUGUUUGUUAUUUAGCGUUCGAGGUUUAACUUAAACUCUACUUAUUGCAUGUAUAUGCAAUAAUUAUGAAGAACCACUAGAUGACAAAUGUCAUAGUAUUUAGAAUUAUCAUUUAUUCAAUUACUUUCAAUAUUUGAUUAUAGAUAUAAAAUAAAAAUAUAAAAUUUGAUUAUUUUAAACCAAUUAUGUCGGUUUUUUUAAUGGGAAUAUGAAAUAUACUAGAAAGUAGUGAUGGAAUUUUUGGACUAGUCUGGAAAAGUAGAAAAAAGUCACAAUGAAAAGUUAUCGACUUUAGGCAUAGAAGUUUAAAUGUUUGUACAUACUGUAUGUUUUUUCAAAAACUUUGGGAACAAUUUUUAUAUUUAUAUACUUCCAACCUUUGGAUUUUUUGGUCAAUCUUUCACAUUUUUAUUUUAAUAAGUUAAGUUAUGACUCAAAAAUUAAAACAUAUAAAAGUCAGUAGUUAUUUCUCGUUUCUUCUUUUUUAAACUAUAUUUCAUCUUUGUUUGUAAGAAAUUCAAACAAAUAAGUUAAUUUAAUUUCGUCCAUGCGAAAAGUGUGUUUGGACUAGUGAAAUUUUCAGACUAGGACUUGUCUAUAGACUUUCCCAAGCGACCCAUCACUACUUGAAAAUGUAUUCAUAAUAAUAAAAAGACCUACUUUUUAAUAGUAGACAUAAAUAGUGCAAAUGAAAUAAUCUUUUUUGAAUUCCAGUUACAUUUCACAAAGAUUUAAUUAAGUAGUCUGAUGAUUUUAAAAUGAUAAUUCUGGUUCUAUGUCAAAUAAUAAUUGUAAAAAAACUUUCAAGCCAUACUAAAAUAUAGAAUUCGAUUUACCGAGAUUAUUUUUUAUACUAAGUAAACAUAAUUUUUUUCGAGCAGCAGAAUUUUGAAUUUAUGUAGACAAAAUUGGGUUAGUCAAAAAUUGGAUACACCUUAGGUGAAAUUUUAUUAAAAAUUUUAAAUAAAAUUAUUAACCCAUCUAGUGUGGACAGUUGAAGCGUUAUAAAGAAGAAGGCUUUCGUAUCUACAUUAGUUUUUCUAGGCUAUUGGAGGAUUUUAAUUCGUAAUUGUGUAGAAAAAAACUAUUUCUCCCUUAAGGCUAGAAAGAUUAAUUGUAACCUAGGUAAUCUUGGAUUUAAUAUUAUCAUAUUCUUACACUUUCAUUUAACGGUAUAAAUAAUAUUGACAUACAAAAUUUUAUCAUCGCUCUGUUGGUAAAGCAAAUUUAAGGAACCAAUGGUAAAAAAAAUGUUUGUGGCUGUGGCUCAAGAAUUUAGAAUUUCAUUCGUAGUUCUAGAAAGUUUAUAUUGUAUAUGAAUCUUUUUUAAUACCCCCAUUAAAAUUUUAAUUUUUGGAAUUCUCUUAUUAAACAUACAGUGCGGUCCAUAUGUACAAAAUAAUUUAAUUAUAAGCUUUAUUAUUAACGUUCAGGAAGAGACUUGCGCGUGCGUUUGAGACUGAAUGGCAUUAAACUAAGUCCUUUAGUCACAAAAUGAGGAUUAUCUGUACGAAACUUUAAUAAAACUUUGUAUAGGAAAAUAAUUUAAGCAGUGCUGCAAGACCCCCUUUAUAAAUUAACAUUUUCGAGGGGGUAAAAGAGUAAUAUCGACCUAUUUCAGUUUUUUUCCCGAAAAUGAAAAAUAACGCUUAAAAUGAAUUUAUUCCAUACAUAUGGAACGCAUUGUAAAUAGUGUUAAGAAAUUUUCUUUUAUCUAAAGUACUAGGUAAAGAUUGUAAAAAUUAGGUAGAUGCUUUACCAACAAUACAUCUGUACAUAGGGCAUUCGAAUAAUGUUCAUUAAACAUUUUGGAGUUAAUUGUUGCCUGUUAAAUUCGUGUAUUAUCACUAACUGUUAUAAAACUCAGUACAAAUACAAAAUCUACCUCAUGAAUGUUAACGUCAAGCAAUGUGCUUUAACAUUAACUAGUACAAAGUAUUUAACAUAGUUUUUGUAUCUUGUAUAAUAAAUAUACUAGCUUUAUAUAGGUGUGUAUAUUAAAAACUCAGGUAUUUCAAGUACAAAAAGGUAUUUCUAUUUAAAAAAUCAGGGAAUCUCUUUUCAUAUACUUACUGGUUGUUACUAUAUUUAUAUUAAAACAUUCUGGGUGAAUAUUUAAAAGCCAAUAAACUGUAAUUUUGUAACUGUUUAAAUGUAUAAAGUAGGCAAACACAAAAAUUAUUCUUCAGGGAAAAAAAUAGUAUAUUUUUGUCUUUGUCUCGAUAAUAUGACUGUGACACUAUCUAUGUAACAUUUUUGCAAACUUACGUGUUUUUAGAUUUUUAACGUUACUGUCACCCUGUUGAAAAUGAGUAUUAAAAUGAAAUUAAUUCACGAUAUAAUGUAAUGUACAGUACACCACCACCUUUAUUCCACUCCUGUAUCGGGAGUAUAAACAACUUAUGUAUAUAAAGUAAUAUAAAUGCAAGUAAUUACAUGUAUUCAUGUUUCUGUUUUACUUAUUAAUUUUAAUAAACAAUUUGUCGUU